UCAGCUGCACCAGUAUUGUUGAAACCAAAAAGUCGUGGUAGAAUAAAGUUAUUAGCUAAUGACGUCAAUGUUAAACCAGCUAUCACACCAAAUUAUUUCGACGAUCCAGACGAUAUCAAGACGAUGAUCGCCGGUAUUAGAACUGCAUUAAGAAUUGGUCAAACAAAGACGAUGCAAGCAUUCAAUUCUCAAUUGUUAAAUAUUACUUAUAUGGAAUGCGACUAUGAGUAUGAUUCUGAUGCUUAUUGGGAAUGCAUGAUAAGAAUACGGUCUUCCACAACCUUUCACGCUUCUGGCACUUGUAAAAUGGGACCUCGUGGUGACCCAACUGCUGUCAUUGAUCCCAAAUUAAAG